AUGGCGGUGCCCUCAGCUGAGGGUGCGCCCCCUCAGGGGGUCCCCAAAUCCCCCGAGACCCCUCAGGACGCGGCCCCGGAGGAGCCCGGAGCGAUCGAGUUCUUCCCGUACGAGCUGAGCCGCCCCCCCCGCCAGAUUUGGGGGGCUCGGGAGGAAUUCGCGCGGCGCCCCGAAAAUUUCCUGCGAGGCUGCAAAUGGGCCCCCGAUGGCUCCUGUGUCCUGACCUGCAGCAACGACAACGCCCUGAGGAUCUUCGACCUCCCCCUCCCCCCGGGACCCCCCCCGGCACCGCCCCUGCCCGAGCUGGUGGGGUCACUCGGGGGUUACUCUGGGUCACUCAGGGGUCACUCUGUGAUCACUCUGUUGUCACUCUCUGGUCACUCUUGGUCACUCUGGGGUCACUCUGUGGUCACUCUGUUGUCACUCUCUGGUCACUCUCUGGUCACUCUCUGGUCACUCUUGGUCACUCUUGGUCACUCUGUGGUCACUCUCUGGUCACUCUUGGUCACUCUGGGGUCACUCUGUUGUCACUCUGGGUUACAGGUCCCAGCCUUGCAGGUGGCCGAAGGUGACACCAUCUACGACUUCACCUGGUACCCCCUGAUGGACUCCAACCAGCCCUCCACCUGCCUGGUGGCCGCCAGCAGCCGUGACAACCCCGUGCACCUUUGGGACGCCUUCGAUGGGACCCUGCGGGGGUCGUUCCGUGCCCACAACCACCUGGACGAGCCGGUGGCCCCCCACUCUCUGGCCUUUGCCCCCGAUGGCUCCUGGCUCCUGGGGGGCUUCGACGGCGCCAUCCGAGAGUUCCCGACCGAGCGGCCGGGGAGGAGCGGCCAUGAGAGAGUGCUGAGGGAAGGUGGGCGGGGCCAGCGAGGCCUGAUUGGCUGCCUGGCCUUCAGCCCCAGCCAAUCGCUGUUCGCCUGCGGCUCCUAUGGGCGGAGCCUGGGGCUGUACCCGCUGGAAGGGGGCGGGGCCGUGGCGCUCUGGCCCCGCCUCCCGGCCGCGCCCACUCACCUGCGCUUCAGCCCCUGCGGGACUCACCUGUACGCGGGGGGGAGGAAGGACCGCCACAUCCUAUGCUGGGACCUUCGUGUCCCCGAUCGUCCCCUCCUGGCGCUGCCGCGGCGCGUGGCCACCAACCAGCGCGUGACCUUCGACCUCGACCCGUCGGGACAGUUCCUGGUCAGCGGUGACACCGAUGGCUUUGUCACCGUGUGGGACACCCUGACCCCCCCCGGGCCCGGGGACCCCCCCGAGCUGCCCCCCGUCCUUCGCUUCCGCGCCCUCCGCGACUGCGUCAACGGCACCAGCCUCCACCCCUGGCUGCCUCUCCUGGCCACGGCCUCGGGCCAGCGGCUCUUCCCGGCGCCGUGGGACAGUGACAGCGAGCAGGAGGGGACAGAGGACGGGCCAGCCCCGGGAGGGGACAUCCGGCUGCAGCUCUGGUGGUGGGGACCCGACAGCCCCGGGGACAGCGGUACCCCCAAAUCUGCCCCACCCCCUCAGUGGUCCCCACCCUCCAAUUCCGGCGUUGCCCCUUUAAGAGCCCCCUCCUCCCCAAAGGGGCGGAGCUUGUUCUUAAGCAGCUUCACCGUCACCAUGGCAACAGUGAGGGUGUGA